AUGGCCGCGUGUCGAGCGCACGCCCACUUGUCCCGAGUUUGCUUAUGUCUCGUGUUUAUUUCCGCCUUGGUGUUUGCUCAGCAGCAAAAUCAACCCAGCAACCGAUACUCCGUCAGGGAUUCACCGUACCUUCCACAAAACACCGGGGACUAUCGGACCUACCUUUACAAUGGCAGAAGGUACGGGCAGCAGCCCAACUAUCUGGACCCCCUUUACAACCGAGGACCUACGCGGGCCCCCGAGAGUCGCUACAACUACGGGGAUGUCACUCCUAGAUUACCAUUGCCAGGUGUGCUGAGCGGUUGGCGUGCAGAUCUACAAGGAAGAGAAAGACCAGAUUCGAAAACUUUGGAUCGAGAUGUUUACGUCGUGACAAAUUAUGGCCAAGUUCAAGGAUUUAAAGUGUAUUUAUAUGACAACCCUGAAGCCAGGCACAGACCUUGGAGCGUACCGGUAGAAAGGAUCACUGCAAAUGUCAAUGUUUUCUUAGGAAUACCAUACGCUACUCCGCCGGUUAAGGAAGGACGUUUUAAACCGCCUCGACCACACAAGGGAUGGCAACUUCUACAAGCCGUAGAUUGGGGACCAGCAUGUCCUCAACCUUACAGGUACACCGGUGUUUUGAAGGGUGUUAACGAUGUUGAUGAAGAUUGUCUUUAUCUGAAUAUUUUUUCACCCAAUAUUGAGUCUGGAUUGGCGAAACCAUAUGCUGUAAUGUUCUACAUUCAUGGCGGAGAGUUUACGCACGGAGCAAGCAAUUUAUUCCCAGCUCAUAUGUUGGCAGCAUUUUACGAAGUUGUUGUAGUAUCAUUGAAUUAUCGUCUUGGAGCACUUGGCUUCUUAAGCACGGGAGAUGAGAAUAGCCCUGGAAAUUAUGGCAUACUGGAUCAAGCUAUGGCUUUGCGAUGGGUAUACGAUAACAUAGUGUAUUUCAAUGGAGAUCCUCAAAGCAUAACGAUUUUUGGUCCAGGCGCUGGAGCUGCCAGUGCUGGUCUUCUGAUGGUGGCUCCAAGAACACGGGACCUUGUGGCUAAAGUAAUAGCACAGUCUGGUUCAGCAUUGGCUGAAUGGGCGAUCAUACCUGAUAAAUAUCGGGUGCAGAACACUUCAAGAGUUUACGGUGAAAUGCUGGGUUGUAGUAUUGAAACAAGUUGGAAACUUGUCCAGUGUUUGAGAGAUAGUCGUAGUGCGAAUGACUUGGGCAAUUCUGAGUUCCAACCAGAUGUUGGAAUAUUUCCUUGGGGCCCAGUACUAGAUCAGAACUUCACUGUACCAAAAGACACUUGGUACGAAGACUGGGGAGCUUCUGAUUGGCAUUUGUUCAAUGAAAUGCCUGAAGAAUCUAUAAAAGCUCGCAAAUUUCGCAAAGGUCUUUCUUACAUGACAGGCGUUACAACACAAGAAGCAUCCUUCAUUAUAUAUGACAAUGAUACAUUGGCGAGAAAUCAGUACACAAUAAACGCACAAAUUUUUGAUCAAAAACUCAAAGAACUAGUUCUGCGGUACAACUAUACACUAAAUCCAUUGGGUGUCUACGAAGCUAUAAAAUACAUGUACACUUACUGGCCUGAUCCCGACAAUGUAAUGUACAUUCGAGAUCAGUAUAUAAACCUACUGUCAGACUUUCACUAUGUGGCACCUUCGGACAAAAUUGCCAAACUAUUGGUAGAAAAAAAUGUUCCUGUUUACAUAUAUGUUUUGAAUACCACUAUUGAAGCCUUGAGAUAUCCGUGGUGGAGACGUGUUCCCCAUGACAUAGAACAUUUGUGGUUAACUGGUGCACCAUUCAUGGAUGUGGAGUUUUUUCCCACAAAACUGAAGUUAGAUAGAAAGUUGUGGACGGACAGUGAUCGAAAUAUGAGUCACUUUUUCAUGAAAGCUUAUUCCAAUUUUGCUAGAUAUGGAAACCCGACACCAUCACAAAUACAUGGCCUGCAUUUUGAUAUGGCUAAACAAGGACAGCUUCGGUAUCUCAACAUCAAUACGACUUUCAACAGUUCAAUUUUAAUAAAUUAUCGACAGACUGAAAGUGCCUUCUGGUCCAUGUAUCUUCCGACAGUCAUUGGACGACUGGUUCCCACGUAUCCUCCAGUCACAGAGUAUUGGUGGGAACCGAAGCAACCUCUUCAAAUUGCAUUUUGGUCGAUGUCUACGGCGUGCUUGCUGCUGGUUGUAUUAUCUGUGGUCUGUUGUAUGCUGUGGCGAAAUGCCAAAAGACAAUCUGAUCACUACUACAGCGGAGACAUCUUGAUGAUGCGAGAAGAUAAUCAUUCGCAAGGAAUAGAGAACUUGACCCAAAGUUCCAAGGAAAAUGUUUAUGAGUACAAAGAUGCUCCAACAAUGAAGUCGCGGGUACCGCGCCAAAACGAAAGCAAGCUUCAAGAGCGUUUAGCUCAGAACCGUAAAUUCAGUUCAACACCAUCGUUAAGGACUAAUUCUAACAGUUCUUUGAAAGAUAUGCGAUCUGAUACUUUUGUCACAAGUUCACCUAAUGGGCAACCAAAAAUAAACAAAGCUAGAAGUCAGAAUUCUUUAUCGAAAAGCAAAAGUAAGACUCAAUUAGUUCAAGGUGUUCCACAAACAGCCGUUUAACUUAAUUAACUGUUAUUGAUCGUUACUCUCUGCAGAGAAUACAAUGUUUGCGAAAAAAAAUGGAGUAUCAUCAAUUUACAACUAUUGUAAAACUGUUGGUAACGUAUUUUCAACAUAGCCUUAAAUAUAUUUACAUUCCGCCCUGAUGUCGGAUGCAAUUAAUCGACAGAUCGGCUUUCCAAUUAAUUGCUCAAUCGAAAUUUAAUCGAGCAGCCCUAAUCUGUCAUAAAAAUUGUACAGGUUUUAUUCCACGUACAUGUAAAGCACCACAGCGAAUUUCAUGCGAAUUUUUGUGCAAUCAUUUCGCCAAGUUUUACUCCACCGAUAUUCCAAUCGCGUAAAUUUGUAAAUAAAAUUAUUUUGCAAUUUUUUAUAAGCGAGUUACCUUACGAAUCACGUAUUUUACUCAUGCUGACAGAACUUUCGAAUUUAUUUGUAUCCUUUUUCUAACAGCGUAUUGGCUAGAUUAUUUCAGCCAGUUGUCAAAUACAUUGUGCCUCACAUUCUAUUUGUGAAAGUAAAUUGCCACUAACGAUGUUAUCGUUAUUACCGUUCUAACAUAUUCUACGUGUGUUAGAGAUGACAAACAAUUGAAUAGAAAACAUUAAAAGUAAGCUAAAUUUUGAUAAUGAUACAAGCAAAACUCUUAAUAUAUAUUUAUAUACAUAUAUAUAUAUAGAGAUAUAUACAUAUACAUGUAUAAAAUUUUACGUGCAUAUAGUGUCUGAUUUUAAUAGGUAUAAGUUGAUAAUUUUUAUGUCAUGCGAUUGCAAGUAAUUUUUAGCUAUACGUUACACACAUACGAGAAGUGAUAAGUUACUUAGCACGAAUUGUCCGUCCAAUUACGAAUGUAUAGAAGUUCGAAAAAUAAUUUAAGUAGUGUAGAGUACAUAUACAUAUAUACCUUAUAUAUUUAUAUGUUUUGUGCUAUAUUCAAUCAUACAUAUAUGUAUACAUUAUACAUCUAUAUAGUGCAAAACAUAUUGAUUUUUGCGAGUCACGUUUCUUUCUAUUGAAGUAAAUUUUUCAAGUACAAAGUUUCAUUUAAGUAAGAAUUUUACCAAUGGUUGGGUGAAUCAAGACGCUCUUGAAUUAUUACAAUGACGUAAACUGCAAUUUUUCCACAUUGUGAUCACAUUAUAAUGCAUCUCUAGAAUAACGUCAACGUCGCGUGCCUUUAGAUAUAUGUUCAUACAUGUACGGCUAAUAUCGUAUCACAAGAAUCAUUGUGAAUCAUAUCAAUAUAAUGCCACGCAGCUAAAAGGACGCUGCUACUUUUAUACUCAUAAAUAUCGUUUAUAAUUCACGUUCAUCACUUAUUAUAAAUAUAAUUAUUUUCACUCUUCAUGAAUGUUUGAAUAAGAAGAAGUAAGCACAAGGAUCAAAUAGCGAAAAUUUCUAUGGUAAAUUUUUUAUAUCUUCAUAGUGUCGCGCGCACCUACUAAGAACUAACAUUUGCUGUAAUUAAACAAUAAACACAAUUCUCUGAGGUAUUCAACAUAUUUAACAAAUCCAUUUAAUCAACGGAUUCUUUCAGGCCAUAUCUGCUGUUGAAUAUGAACUGAAUCACUUGAUUUUUUUUAUACAAACGUCGGUCUAUGUUUUACGAGAAUUUACAUUUUGACAGGAUAUCAUCCAUUAUUACUAAGUUACAUAUAUUUUAACUGUCACACAUGUAUAUUUAUAUCUGUGAAUAAUAAUUUGAGAUUUUCUACCGUGUUAA